AUGGACGCUACCGAGGAAGAUGAACCAUAUGAUAGACCCACUAAUGAUAGGACAAUUGACUCGGUUAAUUCAGAUUCCCGAAUGAUGGAAAUUGAGAGCGCUGAUUCCUCACAAAUGGAAAACUCGACGACCAUCCUGGAGCAGUCAUCGAAUACAACAGCUGACAAGAGCAGAGAUGGGAAACAACCGUAUCAGCAAAAUUACCAUAAGCUAAUAAUACCCGAAGAGCUGUCGACCGUGCGGUUUCCAAAACGUGCUAGUGCCAAACUAGUUCAAGCCAUUCAGCAAGAGAUAAGAAAAAAUGACUACAAAACCUCAGACGAUGGAAAGGAGUUCAGGUUCAGAUGGGACAAUACUGCGACUUAUUUCUUGGCAAAAUACUGUUGCGAGAUCGGUCCUUUUUUAGGUUUCGAAAACCUACAGCCAGAGCCGUCCUUCAAAUUGGAAACUAGCACUCUCAUUUCUCUCAAGUGGUCCUGUGUUUUGUAUAAUUUGUUGAUGUCCGUCAAGUUCAAGGGAAAUACGGUACCGACGGAGCUGCAAUUGAAGACCAGGGUCAAAUACUUGGUGGAUAACGCCAACCUUAAAAUUUUAGCCGUCACUAACGGGGACAAGAGGAACCCGUGUACCCUUACGGGUGAUGACAAGACUGAUGAGCUUGUGAAUGAUCUUGCAAGACUCAAAAACGCUGCUGAUAAACGUAGAACAGAGAUUCAAACCCUAGUGACACAGCGCCAGUCUAACAAACGGGACGUAGGGAGCGCCCUCUGUAACUAUGCUCUCCCUGAGGUUGUGCAAAACGCUGGAUCCCCUGAAUCGGAAAAGUCUUCCCCAGCUACUGAUGAUGUUAACGCAAUUGAUGUGCCUACAAAUGCCAAAAGACGCAGGGUGAACCCAGCUGCUGCUGCCUUGUUUACAGAUUUGGAGAAUUCAAUACAUGUUCUUCGUUCAGAGAUGCAACAAGACCGAUCUUCUCUGUUAGAGUCUCUCCGAACAAUGUUGGAUGGUAUCAAACAAGGUGAGCAAGAAAAGAUUGCACUAGAGAAGGAAAGGAUUGCAUUAGAGAAGGAAAAGAUGGCACAAAACAUAGCACUAGAGAGGGAAAAGAUUGUACAAAACAUGGCACUAGAGAGAGAAAAGAUCGCACAAAACAUAGCACUAGAGAAGGAAAAGAUCGCGCAAAACACAGCACUAGAGAGGGAGAAGAUUGCACUUGAGAAUGGCAAAAUCAAGUCCUCUCAAAUGGCUUCAAUGAUGACAGCCUAUCUGCAGUAUAAUGAAAAGUUUGAAAGUAGUAACCCAGACCUGGCGAAAUUCAUAGACGACCAGUGGCGUUCUUUUCAAGAGAAGAAUAUUUUGCCAUGA